GUUCAUGAAAUUCAUCAAAUAUUAGCCCCACGACUUGGGCAAAUUAAACCUUAUGAAGGGCAAUGCACACCAGAUGAUUUUAUUCAACAUGUUACAAAUGUUUUUGAAUCUGCCAGAAAUGUAAUCAUGGCCGCCAAUAAUGCUAAUGCAGGUGGUAAUCCUGCUAUCAAUACACCUGCUACAUUUACUAUUUGGCUACAUUAUAAAUAUCGAGAAGUGAUGAUUGGAAAUGCAGAAUUAGCUUUACAGUCAUUGAUACAAGAAAAAUUUAACUUGACAGAUUCUCCUGAUGUUGAUCAUAGUAUUGGUAGUCAAUCAGAUUUUCAUACUAUUAAUAAAAAAUGUGCUCUAUCCGUGAUAUUAGUAAAAAAUAUAUGUAAAUUAUUGAAUCUAUGCGAAGUAUCAGUAAUACGCAAAGUAUCAGAAGUAUUAGGAGCAUCACUGAAAAAUUUAUCCAUUCCUAAAACUGAUGAUAUAUUCUUUUUACCUUUAGCAUCUAUAAUAUCACAGCAUGCUUCAGGUGAAAGAGAAGUUGCAUCAGAUCUUAAAUAUCUACGCAUAGUUCUUUUUAUCA